GCAGGCAGGCAGCAAGUGGAGCCAAGCCCUUUACAUAUCCCUACAUAUUCAACAAGACGUGAAUAAUACAAAACACGACGAUAUGAGUUGGAUGUCAAGGUUCAGUGGUUUCUGACGGGUGUUUUUUUUUUUUAGUUGUUGUUGUAGCCAAUUUCAUGGAUGUAUCGGACCAAAUAGGUUAAAUUCAGGUGUUCCUCUCCUAGUACCGGACUCGGAGGAAGCAGGGUUGAGACAGGACGACACUAGGUAUUUAGAGGGUGUUGUGUUAUAGCAGGAAGGCCGGUCAACUGGCUGCUGUCUUCUCUCCGUCUACAUCUAGUCUGAAGCUCAAGACAAGUUGGGAAAAGUUUGAUAGUUUUACGUUUGCCUAUUUUUUUCGUUAUGUUUCACUCGAAACCCCCAAAAAGGGACCGGUCUUUUCGAGGUAACCUAAACACACAAAACCUCAGUGGAAGUUGAAUUCUGAAGAAGAGGGAUUUUAUUUGAGUUGUAACUAACUGUUUUAGAUAGUUUGGCUUAACAUCUGUGAUCAUAAUUCAGGGUUGUCUCGCCGGUGGUCUUGUUAAAUUGACCCGUAGGUAUCCAGAUAGCCAGAGAUGUUUAUAUGUAGCCAGCGAGCUGACAUUUCUGUUUACAAAUUGCAUAGUGGGACUCAUUCGUGGUUCGAGUGCAGAAACGGAAAUAUUAGCUAACACAAAGUUAGUUUACUUGUUUAGAUGUCAACCUUUUUGUUGUUGUUGUUGUGUUUUGUUUGUUACAAUACAGAAUACCUUGUUAAUGAUAGCUAACGUUAACUAGUUAGUUGUUAAUUGAUUUGCUUAUUCAAGACAUAAUAAAAUAUUGUGUGUCCGGAUUUUAAAAAUAUUUUUUAGGUUGCAACAAACAACAACAAAAAAAACUAAAAUUAUUCGGAGAUCUUUCAGCGAUACUGGACUAGGACGUCAUACCACUUCUUUUUAACGGGACCGAUUCCCGUGGCCCGACACCACCUUGCCAUCACUGGUGUUACGCACGUCAGCUAAUAUCCAAUCGUUUGACACUGUGUGUGUGUUUAUCAUCUAACUAAUCAUAGUGGGGUUUUGUAGCGAAACGGUGAAACACAAUGUCAGGACAGUCUAUAACGGAUCGCUUCGCAGCGGCACAGCACAGCAUGACCGGGUCUGCUAUCAGUAAAGCCGUGUGCAAGGCCACGACGCACGAAGUCAGCGGACCCAAGAAGAAACACCUUGAUUACCUGAUCCACUGCACCAGUGAGAUGAACGUGUCGGUCCCCCAGCUGGCUGACACACUAUUUGAGAGGACAGCCAAUAGCAGCUGGGUGGUGGUCUUCAAAGCUCUGAUCGCUACACACCACCUUAUGAUGUAUGGCAAUGAGCGUCUUAUCCAGUAUCUGGCUUCUAGAAACACCCUCUUCAACUUGAACAACUUCUUGGACAAAGGUGCUCUGCAAGGUUAUGACAUGUCUACAUUCAUCCGUCGGUACAGCCGCUAUCUGAAUGAGAAGGCCAUGUCUUACAGGCUGGUGGCUGUGGACUUUACCAAGAUGAAGAGAGGGAUUGACGGUGUGAUGCGCACCAUGAGCACAGAGAAGCUCAUCAAGACGUUACCGAUUAUCCAGAACCAACUAGACGCACUGCUAGACUUCCAGGCCAACCCUAAUGAGUUGACUAACGCAGUCAUCAAUGCAGCCUUCAUGCUGCUGUUUAAAGACUCCAUCCGUCUGUUUGCUGCCUACAACGAGGGUGUCAUCAACCUACUGGAGAAGUAUUUUGAUCUGAAGAAGGGUCAGUGUAAAGAGGCGUUGGACAUCUAUAAGAAGUUCCUGUACAGGAUGACCAAGCUGUCUGAGUUUCUCAAAGUAGCAGAGCAAGUUGGAAUAGAUCAGGGUGAUAUCCCCGAUCUCUCACAGGCAGUUAAAGGAUCAUGCAUUGCCCCCAGUAGUCUCCUGGAGGCUCUGGAGCAGCACCUAGCCUCUCUGGAGGGGAAGAAGACCAAGGAGCUCAGUGCUGACACCAGAGCGUCCACGCUGUCCAGUGCGGUGACGUCUCUGUCCAGUACAGGCAUGUCCUUCAGCCGCAUGGACGAGAAGGAGAGACUGCAGGCCUUGGAAGAGGAGCAGGCCAGACUGCAGGCCCUCAAGGUACAGGACCAGCGUCUGAAGGAGAUCGGUGUGUCCCUGCCUCCCUCUGCCUCCCCCAGUACACAGUCUAUGGGCAGUGUCAACCACAACACCAACCAGGCCAUGGAGCUAUUCAACACACCAUCCACCAAUAGCAUGCCCAACCUCAGUAGUGAUCUGUUUGACCUACAGCCAGCCUUCAUCCCUGUUGUCCAGAGCACUCCUUCCAUCUCUACAGCCGCCAGUGCCUGGGGAGGUGCCGCUGUGCAAGCUGAGUCCUCCAUAAGUGUAGAUUUUGAUGCUGUUUUUGGGGGCGGGGCUAGAGGAAUACCCAAUAACGGCGUGCAGCCAGCCGCUGAUGGGUUUGAUGCUCUUGGGGACCUGCUGAAGCCCACAGUGUCCAACCAUAACCAGGCUCCCCCCAUGGCCCUCCACCACCCCCACCCAAGUCACCCCCAUCCAGGAUACCACCCAGGGGGCAAACUGCUGGCCAACGACCUGGACUCCUCUCUCGCCAACCUCGUUGGCAAUCUGCAGUUCGGAGGAGCCCCAGCCAAGAAUUUGUCUCUGUGUGCCCCGGUGUUCAGGCCAGACAUGCAGUGGAGCCAGUCUGGAGAGAAGAGACUAACUGGGGGACACAACUGGCAGAGCAAGACCAUGACCAGCACCACGGCCUGGAACCCUGUUCCCAUGGCCCCCGCACCCAUGCCUGUACAACACCUGAAUGGGAUGUUCUAUGCUGGUUAUGCUCCAGCUCCUAUGCCUUUCCCCAUGACCACACCGCAAGUGCCUAUGUAUGGAAUGGUCCCUCAGAUGGGUCAGAUGGGGGGUGUACAGGUGAUGGCCCCCCAGCCCAUGAUGUACAACCAGCCUGUACUCAGACCCACAAACCCCUUCUCCCCCAUGCCUGGAGCCCAGAUGCAGUUCAUGUAAUUUCAUCUGGGGGAGCAGAGCGCCGAAAAAUAAUGGCAUAAAACACACAGAGCGGACAAACGAAGAAAAGGGAAACGAAUGAAUGAAAGACUGAGGGGCAGACAGAAAAACCAACCAACCAACACCAAAUACAAGAGGAGAGGAAGAGGGAAGAAGAGGCUGAUGAACCCGGGAGAUGGAGGGUAGAGCAAGGAAGAGUGUUUAUGAUAUCAUAAAGGCUUACCUCUCUGUCUGAAACAGUCCCCACCCUCAAACAAACAACCCCCCAACCCCACCCCCCCCCCCAAAAAAUAAUAAUAAUAAUAUGGAACCCCUAUAAAUGGAUAGGUCUUUUAGAGUAGACAGUGUGAAGGGGUCAGGUGUCAAAGGUCAUAGGUUCAUUACACUUAGGACCCGUGUGUACAUUGACUACCAUCAAUCAGACUGGAUAGAAAACAUUAAGGACACCCCUCUACCCUCACCAUCAUCCUACCAUCAGACUGGGUAGAAAACAUUAAGGACACCCCUCUACCCUCACCAUCCUCCCAACUCUCGGCUGCUUCUCAUGUAUUUCUCUCUGUCCAUGGAAAGAGCUAGAGAACUGUUGAGCGCAUCUGAAAUGGCACCCUGUUCCCUAUCAAUUGCACUACUGCCCUAAGGGCCCUGGUUAAAAGUAGGGGCCUACAGUAUUUAGAGAAUAGGUUGCCAUUUGGGAACAUUCCUGGUGUAAAAUGUUUCUAUCCCCUCCUCUCUACUGCGUCUGUAUCUUGUAAAAACAGUUUCCUCAUCCUGCUGUGCCCUCGAAUUUUGACGGAUUCAUGCUCACACACACACACACACACACACACACACACACACACACACACACACACACACACACACACACACACACACACACACACACACACACACACACACACACACACACACACACACACACACA